UGCCCAAGCAGCAGCAGCACAUGCGUUGGGUAAUGCAUUGUAUUGUUUUAAUCAUGAAUGACACCAGAAUCACUGUUUGGGUUAUAAAACGGUUCUUGGAAUGCUGAGUUACAAGAAAGAGGAUGAAAGUUGUGAGACUUCUGAAGAAACAGCACCUGAUUUAAACACUUAACUGUAUUGGAAACCACAUGCAGCUCAGAUGCCUGGUACCAUCAUAAUUAAUCUCUCUUUUGUCUGGGAAAGAAGAAUUAGGGAGCUGACAGUUCAUCAUAGCUGAGCUGCUGAGGGCAUGUCCUCUGUUAUGUGGCAAUUCAAAGCAUUCAGGUAAUGAAGGAAGGAAUAUUGAUAACACUGAAGGAUUAAGGAUGUUUAUCCCCUCACUCUGUUUCCAUACACCAACAUUUGACAACAUGAGGAGAGGGAAGAAACUUCUGGUUACUCUUAUUUGCUUAGGGACCAAUUUCCAAAGACAGAACUUUAGAGGAGUCCUAACAGAAGAGAACUAAAGCCACUGUGGUGCCAAUGUGGUAUGUCUUAUGUGCUUUUCCUGGCAGGGUCUUGGUGAACAAGUACCUAGAGAUAUGGAUGUUGUAAUGUGCUUUCAGGGCAAGCAAUGGCUCUUGUCCAUUUGUGAUCCAGACCUGAACACAUGCCUGUCUUUCAGACAGGGAACAGCAGUUAAAUCUUGCUUUUCCUUCCCUUGAAGUGAAGGGAAGUGAGAGUGCUGGGCUGAAACACUGGCACAGAGGUGAGCUGUGUUGUCAGGCAGGCUGAAGGUGGCUGUGGCUGUGGGCAGGACGCCUACCCCACACAGCAGAGAUGUGCAGGGAACCACAGCAUCCACUGCUGCUGGCCACAGGCUACAUCUUCACCCUGGUCCUGUAAGGGAACGUUUUGUUGGCGGUGUAAGUGCUGUGCCUGCAUGGCAGUGACAGCUUUUCUUUCUUCUUCGCUUCCUGUGGUUUCUGUGCAGAGGAGUGUGGGUGAGCUCUGCCGUGGGUCUCACAGCUCAGCUUGCUCCGGUGUUCACAGCACGCAGUGACCUCGUAGCUGUGAGCAGGGACCCUGCAGAAGGCAGCUUUUGUGCGAGGUGAUGGCCUGAGCUCUGCAAUGCCACUUUCCACCUCACUUGACUAAGCAAAGCUGCCUGAAACAUGUGUCAUCAGAUCUAACAUCACUGAUAAGCAUUGCUUUAGUUCUCAACUACAUGAGAAGAAAUAACACUUCAAACUCAAUAACCUCGUGAGGUAAGGGAUGGCUUAUGUCUUUUAUCCUACUGGAUAUCCCUACGCUUCAACAGAAGUCAUGGCAAAUGUUUCCUGGACUGAAGGUGUCUCCAACAGGACAGCUGUCAGCUUGGAAGCAGACUUCCAGUAUUCCUUGUUUACCAGCAUCUACAGCAUUGUGUUUGUGCUGGGACUGAUAGAAAACGUCUCAGCUCUGUACCUCCUGUUUAACAAAGCACAACAUGCUUCUCCUUCCUACGUAUACAUGAUAAACCUAGCUUUGGCAGACACCUUGUUUGUUUGCAUGCUGCCUUUUAAAAUUCAUUACCACCUGAAUCGGAACAACUGGAUCUUUGGUGACAUGGCUUGUAGGAUAACUGGGACUUUGUACUACAUCAACAUCUACCUUAGCAUUGUCUUUUUCACCUGCAUUUGUGUCGAUCGUUACAUUGCAGUGCUGCACCCCUUCACGUACAUCCAGAUCAGAGUCACUCACUAUGUGCUGGUGGCCACAAUCCUUUGGGUGGUUGCCCUGAGCAUCAUGGCUGCACUGAUUCUUGGCGGUCCCCUCCACAACAGAGGGCUGAGGAAUACCACUAUGUGCUUUGAGAACUUUGCAAGGAGCAGCUGGAUUUCUCGCAUGGCCCCUUACAACAUCCUGGCCUUAGUUUUUGGUUUUGUCAUCCCAUUUUCCAUCAUUCUGAUCUGCUACCCUCUCAUUGCAAGGAGGAUCUCCCGGAUCAAACACAGCAUUCGCAAGAGGAAAGCUCUGACUACUAUCUACAUCAUCUUACUCAUUUGCACUUUCUGCUUUCUCCCGUACCACCUCACCCAUUUCCUCCAUUUCUUAAUGAGAAGCCAGGUCAUCCAGAACAAGUCAUUUGUUAACCUGAUCUACAAAAUGCGAAGGGUCACCUUAGCCCUGGUGAGUUUCAACUGUUGCCUUAACCCAUUCCUGUACUACUUCACCUCUUCUAGCAGGACGUGGCACUUCAACUUCAGGCUCAGAUUCAGGUCUAAAAUGGUGUACACCAUCUGUGAUCAGAAACUUGGAGAGUACUCCUACAUUUAUAAACUACACCAGAGCUGUGAAAAUAAAAAACAGAGAGAUGGAAUCAACUGACCUACUCCAACAUCACAUAACUUCAGAGAACUGCUGUUUUCCACGCCACAGAGUGGGACUAUACCAUCACAAGAGGAAAGAAUUUAUCGUUCAUGAGUUACCAGUCACCAGAAGGCCACUGGCCUGACUCAACUUGCUUAAAAGCCAGUGACUUCAAAGGAUAAGAUUUUGCUAACAGCUGAACAGCCCCACUGCUCUGUUCCUUUCUAUCUACCUCCCUUAACAUAGAAGGACUUCCAGCAUUGCAGCGACUUCUUGGCAACUAACCACAAAUGUUAUGGUGUGGACAGAGGAGGAUUUAUAUAUAUAUUUGACUAGAAACUAUAUCAAGAAGGUUCAGGUUUCUUCAAGGCUUCUCAGCUGUUACUCAUACUUCCCUCAAUGAAAGUGAAGCUGUUGGGUAAACAGUAUGUUUAAAGCUUCAUACUUCUGCCUACAUUAGAUUUCUGCUUUGCUUUUUAAUUUUGAAGCUUUGAAAGCUCCUUGUUUUGGUGCCUCAAUGAGAAGACUCCCUGAUAAUAAUGAUGCCCUUAAUGGCUAAAGCCCAGGGAGCUGUUCUGCCCCAUGCACUGAGCCCAGGCCUUCACGUCAGUGCAGGAAAGGGCUCAUUGCACGGCUGUUGCUUCUAGUUACUUUUGUGAACACAAAGCUAGAAUGGCUUUGCUGAGGUUUUAAAGAAAACAAGCUGUGGGAGUAAAAGAAUGCUCAGUCUCUUACCUUACUGUGUAAGUGAUGUGAAGUUUGUUCUUCAGGACUUCUUAAAAACAGGCUGCAGUGACAACCUAGACCUGUUUCCAAUAGAAGACUGCAGUACUGCUGAACACUCUCACUGUGGCUAAUGAACAGACACUGAAGUUCCUCUGGCAAAUGUUUUUCUAGUUUUGUUUUAAUAACGUAAACAAAAUAAGAUCUGUAUUUCUCUGAAGCACCAACUGUGCCUGCUGCUCUGUGGCUCAAGAUGUACUCUGGGGCAGUCCCUUUUUCAGCAGGGAUGUGAGAUAGCUGCCUAAUUCUUCAUCCUAUAGAAAAGAAAAUCAGGAUGAAAUUGAUUGUCUGCUUGACUCUUUCCCAUUUCUGCUACCUAAGAAUGGGCUAAAAUAACUCUUGGAUGCAACAGCAGCAGUGUUCAAAAACAGAAAUGAACACAGUUAGCACAAAUGUAUUCCUAGUUGUUCUUUCAAGAUACCAGCCUAAAACUUGUGCUUGUCAAAUAAGGUGUCUGGAUGUCCAACUUCUCUCUUUCAGAAUAAAUGAUUUUUCUGGACAGCAAA